AUGGUAUCAGAAUACAGACAAUUAUUAAAAAAUCAUCAAGCUGAAUUAAAUCAUACCGUCCAUGAAGAUGUCGUUGACUUCUUUUUUGGUUCUUGUAAUACUAAAACGAAUUCUGAUACAAAUAUUAAAAAUAGUACAAGUAAUCAUGAAUUACCAAUAACAAAAGAACCAUUACCAAAUUCAUCUUCAGCUAAUUCAUUAGACAAUCAAAGAAAAUCGAUGAAAAUCUCGAAAAGCUUUAAUAAAUUUAAUAACAGUAAUAAUAUUGAUGGAAACGCAAUUAUAAUUAAUAGCGAUAAAAAUGAUGAAUUCAAAGAUACUGAUGUCAAUUGUAAUUGUAUUGAUGAUUGUGAUUGUUGUGAUGAUACAUCUUGUGUUUUAAUAAGGAUAGUACGAAAUGUAAAAAGAAAACAAUCAAAUGAUGAUGAUAUAUGUUGUUGUUUUCCCAUAAGAAGCUCGUCUACUUAUAGAAAUAGGAAUAACUAUUCUACACAUAAUGAUAAUGAUUGGUAUAUAAGAAGUACCAAUAGUUCACCAAUUGGUGUACAUAUAACUGAUGAAGAUGGACAUACAUCGACCGAUAGAAAUCAUGAUGAUGCAAUUGUUGAAAACGAAAAAUAUGAUAACUGUGGUUACGGCAGUUACGAUAAUGAUAAUACAGGGGGCGGUGGAGACACGGGUUGUGACUCAGGUGGGGGCGGAGACUCAGGUGGGGGUGGAGACUCAGGUUGUGGCGGAGAUUCAGGUGGCGGUGGGGAUACAGGUUGCGAUUCAGGUGGCGGUGGAGAUUCUGGUUGUGCCGAUACUUGA